AAGACCUGCACAGUUAGGUUCCUUUUCAAAGCUGCCCCUACUUGUAGAGUACAAGUAUGAUACCUACCUAGCCAACCGUGCCUGAAACAAUGAUACCCACCUUCCUCCGAGUCCCUUUUUUUUUCUUCUUCUUCCUUUCCACAAAGCCACUAUUCCAGAUCAGUACGGUUCUUGCCCUCGUACACUUCACCCCCCCCCCUCGCCCAUCCAUCCACACGCCACCACCAUACGUAGGGCAAGUGCUGCAUCUUUUCUGGUUUCAACAGCACAAACGAAACUUGCACACACACAAACACACCCGUCCCCACCGGAAGGAGAAGAAGCGGAAGAAAAGAAGAAGAAGAAAAAAAAGAGGAACAAAAAAGAUGGAACACAAAGUAAAUACAAAUACUCGUACUGUACAGCCCCUGUCAUAUGGCGUUCAUCGCCCUGAAGGAAUAGAAAAAAAAGGAAGACAAGAUGAACGAUGCUGUGGGUUGUAUCAUAGGUGGGUAUUGUUGUUACCGUAGUUUUUUUUUUUUUUUUGUGGCAGCCUUGUUAUCAUACGGGUACCAAGGAAAGGGAGCGACGGUGGCCAUAGGGUAACAGCAACUUGUAACUAACUUUUUUGCACACAACCCGCACCACCGAAAGUAAGAAUAAGCUGGCUGACUCUUGCACGCUGAGAGAAAAAAAAUAAAGUUUUAAAAAACGAGGCACUCACUUAUCAUCAUCAUACCUGUAAUGCCACGCCUAUCAGCCAGGUCAUGACUUUUAAACAUUGCGCGGGGGAGGGGGGGGUUUGUUGUUGGGGCUUGCGUUUUGUAUACCGACGAUGACUAUUUACUACCGACAAUGACUAC